GGAGCCUCCAUCCAUUCCUUCUCCCCCAUUCUCCACAACGCUUAAAAUUAUUUCCCUUCAGGUACUUGUCCAGCACAUGUGAGGAACACUGCAAUUGAAUAAGAACUCCAGGCUCUAAGCAUUUGAUCUAAACAACCUUAAUGGCUUUUUUGCCAGUCCUCUUCAAACUGCUUCCCCAGUUCUUGAAACCUCCUUCAAUGAAAACAUUGUUUAUAUUAAUGACAAUGAUAUGGAUUUUUCUGCCAGAUAAAUAAUUACCUAAUUUGCAUGCAGUGAUCCAGAAGAUUGGAGUGAAUCAUCUGAUGCAUACCCGUAUGUUAUUUCUUUCUGUACUGGCAGCCAGGCAGAAUGUUUUGAAUGGAAAAAACACCAAACAAACUUUUUGAAAAGCCAAAGUUGGUGUUCAAUAGUGGAGCUGGAAUAAAAUCUUUCCGUUUCACUAUUUUAAGGUUAAAUUGAAAAUACCAUUUGAAAGAAAAUAUCUGGAUGCCAUCUACACAAUUCCAAAUGUUAGUUUCACACAUGGAGUGAUCCUUAAUCAUGGUGCAAGUGGAGACAUGAACUUCCAUCAGCUGGUAUCCUUGACAGAAUUCCUUGCAUCUAAUGGGAUACUGUGCCUUAGGUUCACUUGCAAAGGCCCCAAUUUGGUCUAUAGAAUCAGAGCUUACAGGGCGGUCGUGGAAUAUUUAAAAUCUUCAAAAGAAUAUAAAGUGAAAAGCUGGUUUCUUGGGGGUCGUUCCAUGGGGUCUAGAGCUGCUGCCUGUAUUGUUAAACAAUGCAAGGAUACCGCAGAUGAAGCAUUUGUGCAAGGUCUCAUUUGUCUGUCCUUUCCUCUGCACCCUGCAAAGCAACACAGUAAACUACGAUCAGAGGAUCUGCUUCAUGUACGCCAUCCAAUCCUUCUGGUUUCUGGAUCAGCAGAUGAAAUGUGUGACAAGAAUUUAUUGGAAAGCAUACUGAAGAUAAUUCCAGUGACUACCAGAGUAUACUGGGUCGAAGGAGCUGGCCAUGCAAUGGAAGUUAAAGGGCAAAUGACAGAAAACAUCAUGACUGAGAUCAAUACUGAAGUCCUUUCAUGGAUUAAGAAAAUUAUUUAAGAAGAAUCAAGUCUCCAUGGGUGUUUAUAGACAAAACUUGGUUUGUAACGUAAUUAUGAUGAUUUUUUUUGAGCAAGUGAAUAAACCCAAUUCAAAAUGUU